AAUACGCCAAUAUUGGGUAUCAAAAUGCCUGCUGCUAGUAAGUUUCGGUGCUCAACAGCGUCAAGAACAAAGCAAAUCCAAUCUGCCAACGUAUUUUCUGGAAGACGAACGUACCAAGGAAAUGAAUCAAAUGUUUGUAUGGAUAUUAUUAUAUGCGAACAUUUCAUUAUUCCAUGCCGCACGUAACUCCGUACAUACAUUACAUUAGAUCCGAUCUGAUUAGAUUGCAGCCCUACCUACCGCCAUGUCAUGUGCUUUUGACAGGGCUGGGCGGUGUCCAAUCGAAAUUCAUUCAUCGCCUUGACACCAACAACUACAAUAAUAGCAACAAGAGGAGCCAGCAGCACAAUUUAGUUAAUUUCAACUUCAACCUCUCUUCACCAACUACGGCGUGGGGAGAAGCAAGCAAGCAACCAACGCAGGAAGUGUGGAGUUUUGGCAUAUUUAACUAACCCCAUCUCAUUAUCUGUUCGUGUCAUUGCUUGAUCUACCGCGGAAGCUACAUAUUUCAAAUUUAAAAGUUUAUCCACGAGCCUCUUUCUGAUAGCUCAAGACAGCAUGGAAGGCGAUGUCUUGCCAUGCCCAUUCUGUGAAUUUUCAGAUUCCGAUCCCUAUUUCCUAACCCAGCAUGUAGAGCUCUGCCACCCUGAAAAUGGAACGUCGCCGUUUAUUGCGACUGAGGAACCCUCUCCGACCCCCCAAAAUUCGAAGCAUAACACAGACCACAUAUUGGAGGGUUCCGCAGGGCUUUCCGCAGAGCCCGCCACCAAUGAUGAUGAGCCUCUCGACGGCUACGUCGACUGUCCCCAUGACUGCGGCGAGAUCAUCUCUACCACUGAGCUUUCAACCCACCUGGACCUUCAUAUGGCUGAAGGCAUGACUUUUGAAGAAGCACCUGGUGGCGUGGUUACCAAAGGCGAAUCGUUGGAGGCGGAGAGUGAUGAUGCAAAUGUAGAUUAUACAUACGACGAUAUCGAAAGUCGAUUUUCUACAAAGCUGCCCAAGGCCCUUCGCAAUAGGGAUAAUGUCCUCCAGCCAAAAUCUUCCCGCAAGGGCUCACAUAGAGACUCAAAGGCAACAUCUGGACCGUCGGAAAAAAGGAAACGCAAAUCAAAACGAAAACAUCGUGACGCUGGUGGAGGUUUUGUGCGUCGACUUGGAAGAUCGGAGUUGGGGCCAUACGCACACGAAAAGCAAAUGCCAUCAUGGCUAAGGAAUAUGUUAGAAGAAGGCGCAAAAGUUACAGUGUCCAACCAGAUUCAAACAGAUGGCACCCUACGCAGGGUUGAAUCUGUGGCUAAUGAGACCUCGCAUCUUAUAACUGUACUUGCGCAGCUUUGCGAGCUGGAUCAAACUGUAGAACAGGCGUUUCUCUGCCACCCGGCCACGCGACAUGUAUUCAAGAUGCCGAAAGAAGGCGGGUUUUGCGGGUACAGAAAUAUCCAGAUGCUAGUUUCUUAUAUCCAAGAUACCCUCGCGGAUGGCUACGAACAAUUUCCUGGUAGACUCCCAACAAUCUUGCGAUUGCAGGACCUUAUUGAGCAGGCCUGGGACUUGGGCUUUAAUAGUACGGCGCAAAUCGAAACUGGGGGGAUUAAGGGAACAAGAAAAUAUAUUGGGACUUCCGAGGCCCAUGCCCUUUUCCUCAGUUUAGGGAUUAACUGCACGGCCGGAGUCUUCGGCACUACACAAGAUAGUUCUGCCCAUAAUGCCCUGCUCGAUGACAUAUUGGCGUACUUCCUCCAAGGCUGCCCGACAAACGACGAAAAGAUAAACCAAACUGAGUUACCGCCUCUCUAUCUCCAGCACGAAGGCCACUCUGUGACGAUCGUCGGUUUCGAAACCCGCAAGAGCGGGAGCGCCAACCUUCUCGUCUUCGACCCGAUGUUCAAAACGUCACCAGCAAUCGAGAGACUUAUUGGCAACAAACACAUUACAUCGCAGGACCCGGGUCGCCUGAUAAAGGCUUACCGGCGAGGUCCCGGCUACCUGCAAAGAUACAAGGAGUUUGAAGUUCUCAAAUUACCGCCGUCAACGACCCUCUACUAGGAUCAGAAACGUAAGGGGCGCUGGCUUGGGAGAUUGGGAGAUUCUACGCUGGUUUCGAUGGUUGCGUAUUUUUCACCUCGAGUGACAAUUGCCCGCAUAUAUAGGUGAUGAUUCCUUGGGACGAUCUUGUUUAUGAUGCUUGUUGCAGGCUACGACGGUUGGGAUCGUUAUUCUUAGCUUUUGUGAUUCUGGCUUUUUACUUUGCUACUUUGCAUACUCGAGGCGUUGUUUCUUUUGCGUCUCCGUCUCCGUUGCACGGUUUCGAAUUUUCAAGAGACCCCUUAGAUUUAGCGUUUUGACCUUAGUGCAUUUCAGGCGAUGGUUAUUUCUAGCAUCAAUUCGGAAUAAUCAAUAUUUCUCGAGACUCUCUCUCUCUCGC